CACGUUUAUGCCUAUUGUUCAUAAAUAAGUUUGUAUAUUUCCAAUAUAUUCAAUUUUAGCGGUAACUAUGGAAUUUAAAGAGGAAAUUAAGGAAGAGUUUGUUGAAUAUAACCAACAAGAUAUAGAGAGCCAGCUCCCAGCCACAUCCAUAGAUUUAGAAAACUUCAAAAAUGAAUUAGAAGAUAACUCAGAAAUGGGAGUAAGAGCUAAAAUUAAGGAAGAGUUUGCUGACGGUUGUCAAGGAUAUACAGAGAGCCAGCUAUUUACAUCCCCAGAUCUUGAAGACUUGAUUAAUAAAGCAGAUGAAGAUACCUCAGGUUUUUCUCAGAAUGGAAUGGAAAUCAUAAAAACUGAACAUGUAUGCACUACAGAUCAACAAAUAUGUUCAAACACUGAAGAAACACCAUUAAAAAAUUCUAUUGAUAAAUGUAAAAUUUGUUUAAAGCAAUUUAGCCUGAACAGUUCUUUGAAACGACAUAUAAAAACGCACACUGCAAAAAAGCUUUACAAGUGUGAAAUUUGUUUUAAACACCUUUCUCGAAAAGAUAAUUUGAAGGCACAUAUGAGAUUGCACACUGGGGAAACGCCUUAUAAAUGUGAAAUUUGUUUUAAACAGUUUAGUCAAACAGGUCAUUUGAAAUCGCAUAGGAAAAUUCACACUGGAGAAAAGCUUCACAAGUGUGAAAUUUGUUUUAAGCAGUUUCCUGCCAUCAGUUUAUUGAAAAGACAUUUGAGUGAGCACACUGGAGAAAAACUGUACAAGUGUGAAAUUUGUUGUAAUCAGUUUGCUUUGCCAUAUCAUUUGAAAAGUCAUUUGUUGGUGCAUACAGGAGAAAAGCCUUACAAGUGCGUACUUUGUUUUAAGCAGUUUAACCAGGCAACUUCUUUAAAACAACAUAUAAAAACGCACACUGUAGAAAAGCCUUAUAAGUGUGAAAUUUGUUUAAAACAGUUUAGUCAAACAGGUCAUUUGAACAUACAUACAAAAACUCACACUGGAGAAAAGCCUUAUAAAUGUGAAAUUUGUUUUAAACAGUUUAGUCAAAGAAGUAAUUUGAAAACACAUAUGAAAAUUCACACUGGAGAAAAGCUUCACCAGUGUGAAAUUUGUUUUAAGCAGUUUACUGCAAUUAGUCCAUUGAAAAAACAUUUGAGAGCGCACAGUGGAGAAAAACCGUAUAAGUGUGAUAUUUGUUCUAAUCAGUUUGCUUGGCCAUAUCAUUUGAAAAAUCAUUUGCUGGUGCACACUGGAGAAAAGCCUCACAAGUGCGAAAUUUGUUCUAAGCAGUUUACUCGAGUACCUGAUUUGAAAAUUCAUUUGAGAGUGCACACUGGAGAAAAGCCUUAUAAGUGUGAAAUUUGUUUCAAGCAGUUUAGGACAAAAAUGCUAUUGAAAAGGCAUGUGAGAGUGCACACUGGAGAAAAACCAUACAAGUGCAAGAUUUGUUGUAAUCAGUUUAACCGAGCAAAUAGUUUAAAAACACAUUUGAGAGUACACACUGGAGAGAAGCCUUAUAAGUGCGAAAUUUGUUUUAAACCGUUUAGUGAUGCAAGUAAUUUGAAAACACAUUUGAAAUGUCACACUGGAGAAAAGCCUUACAAGUGUGAAAUUUGCUUUAAGCAGUAUAGACAAAGAAGUAAAUUGAAACAACAUUUGAUGCAUCACACUGGAAAAAGCCUUAGUUAAACAAGUCAUUUUAAAACAUAUACAAAAGUUUACCCUGGAGAAAAGCCUUGCCAGUGUGAAAGUUGUUUUAAGCAGUUUAUUCAUAAAGUUUUUGGAUGAACAUAUGACAGUUCACACUUUAGGAAAAGCCUUAUAAGUGUGGAACUUGUUUUAAACACUUUCGUCAACUAUUUCAUUUGAAAAGUCAUAUGGGGGUACACACUGGAGUACACCCUAUAUGUUGACGACAUCUGGAGGGGAGUAUUCAAAAUUCGUGGUUUACACAGGCAUCUUAAAUUAUUGUGGAGUAAAAGGACACACCAUUAAUGCCGCUGAAAAGAUAGAAUGAUCACGUGAAUGACACGCACUCUUAAAUAUUCCUCUCCCUAUGUUAUCACUUUUCUUACGUUUACACCGCUCAACAAAAACGGACACUCUCGCUAUAAUAUAUUUACACCGUUUUUUACAGGUUAUUAAACGUAACAAACAAUUAAUAAAAUCGUUAAUAAACCUAACUCAGACAAUAACCAGCUAGCGGAAGUAAAACAUAAAUUAAUAAUGACGGUGUAAACAGUCUCUCAGAAGAUCUAGUUUUGACCGCCUGUCGAUGCUUGCAGUGACUGAUCAUGCAACCUUGGAUUCCAUCUUUUAAGCGGCCAGGGUAUAGCACAGCGUCUUGCGUAUAAAAAAACGCAUUGUAGAGGAACUAUUCAAGUUAAUAGAAAAUCAUUUCUCCGAUAAAGGACAAUGUUAAAAAAAUGAAACUAUAGCAAAGUAUGUGAAUGGCAUAAUGAUCGGUAAAUGGAAAGAGAAAAGUUGCACAUAUUUCCACUGAGCAUAAGAAUGAUAUGUUGGGAAUUCUUACAAGACAAGAGAAGAAAACAAAAUCGAUUCCAAUUAUCCAAUAUAAUAAAUAUGUCUGAUGUGGAUAGGCAAGUUCAGAUGCUUGCAUACCAAGACUUAUGCCCAUAUUUAUAGUCGAUAAUUAAGUAUCGGUCGAUGCUUGAGGUCGACCUUGAAUCAUAUUUGUGUUCUAUACACCGAUCUCAAGUACGAACUCGAGCUUGAGUAUGCAAAAAUGACAGCUCACGCUCAAGCUUCCGAUCGACCUCCCUUGGUCCCUUGAGCACGAGAUCCUAACCUAACUUUGUUUAUGUCUAUUAACAUUUUUUCCAAUUCGCUUCCAAUGCCUAUAUAUUCUUUUGAAAUUAUGGAUAUUGUUGUUCAAAAUCCAGGAUCAAGUCAUGACCGAAAGAGGUUAACUUCCAGAAUUAUUAAUAGGUGACAGUGAAUAUGCAUGCAGACACUAUCUGCUGACUCCAGUAUUACAACCAGAUAUUUAUUGAUAAUUGGCUAAACAAAAAAUAAGUUAUUUGAGAGAUAUAUCGUUUUAGGUAAUGAUCAAAAAAUAGAUAUAAUAGUGCAUAUGUAAGAAAUGUUAUCAAAAGGCUAUUUGGAACCUGGAAAAUAUGGUUUCCCUGUCUUCGAUGAGGGCUACAAACCAAAUUAAAUACAUCUAUCUCUUACAAUAAUAAGUGCUACAGCAGUACUCUACAAUAUGUAUAUGUUUACAGGAAAAUGAUGAUAGUGACAUUGAUUUUCUAGAAAAUCUGAUGUGCCAAUAAAUAGAUAUGUUAAUGAUGUAGACCAAGGUUUAAAUUUUAGGAGACGUUUUAUUCAACAAGUUUUGCGUGUGAGUGAG